AUGGUGAAGGGACGCAACAACAAAGGCAACAAGAAGACAUGCAACAAGGCUCAAGAUAUGGAGGGGGUGGACGCACCUGACCUACCUGUGAAGGAUUCUGCUGGUACGGGAAAAUCGCCUGCGGGAUCCAUGGCGGACACGGUGAUUGGCCCGUUUGAGGCUUUUCUGGAUCUGCAAAACGGCAUUGAGCAUGAUGCGGGAGCUGGCGGAAAGGAGACUGAUGAAGGCGAGCCAGCUGCAAAGUCCCCGAAGCCUGCUGCGGAAGGAGCGUCAGAUGAGGGAGUGGACAAGGAUGAAAAUGUUAACGAAGAUGUUGAGGAGGCGUCGGCGUUGCCUCAAGAGGAAGAGGAUGACGGCUACCUGAGUGAUGAUUCUGAUGAACACCUGGAACCGGAUUCGCUCAACAGUGUUAUUGCCUUAAAGCGCUUUUCACUAACGUUACUGGUGCCGAUUCUCAGGAAAGCUGAAGUCACUCGCGUUGCGGUAACGGUAGCGGCGCUGAUGGAUGAGUGGAAGGAAAAUCUGUCAUCGGAGGUGCUGCAAACAACGACCUACCAGGAGCUGCAGGCGACCUAUUUUUCGGGAACGCGCUAUGGUCGUCUGCAGGUCACUUUUAACCACGUUCGUGAUGCGAACUUCGUCUGGAAUCAAGUCAUCCGUCACGAAUGUGUUAACGGAGACUUCAUUGACCUCACCUGGAUGCAUCCGGAAGAUGUGCGGUUCCUGCGUGAACGGGUGCUGAAUCCCACGGCAAAGGAGAUCGUGGUUAAAAGCGUACCGGCGGAUAUAACGGCAGAGCUGAUUCGGCGUCUCCUGGUUGUGUCAAAGCUCGUCAAGCGUGGCAGAAGUGCGUUCGCCAGCGGUUUCGGCUUUCAUCGGACUGUGGACCCGGUUACAGGGCUUGAUACUGACCGCAUCCGUGGUCUGGUCAUCCCGCAUGCUGAUGAUGAGUACCGAUGGAGGUACUUCGUUGAAGAUCCUUCGACGGGAAGGCGUUACCUGCUCCACUUCCCUUCUCUGACCUGCGAUUUCUGCGGGGCUGCAUCCCUGAAAGCCACAGACCUGAUGAAGCGUAUCUUGAAGGACCCAGCCAUUGUCCUCACCUCCACUGGAGGAGCGCGGGAGGAGUGGGUCUGUGUUCAGACGGCCUGCGAAAAGGCACAAGGGAACCGUUUCGAGCUGGCGUCCGCUCAUAUUGCAUCUGCUCGGCACAAAGGAGGGCUAAAGAAGGAGGGGUCAGCAACACGUGUCAGUGUGUCCUCCCAGAAGUCGCUCGCCUUCAAGAAGGGGUACACUGCAAAGCCGACGAAGUAG